AUGACUCAAGUUUCAGAAUCACUGGGAGAUAACAACAAAAACGAUAAUAAUAACAGCGACAAUGAUGGUAAUAAUAGUGAUCCAGAAGAAUUUGUAAAAGAAACGGAUCAAGAAUUGAUAAAUAAUGAUAGUAUAUUGCCAAAUGGUUUACGAAGAAUUAGAGAUGAUAGAUCAAUUUCAUAUAAUGAUAAUAACGAUGGCGGUGUUUCUAAAAAUCUAAACACAACAAAAAUAAUGAAUCACAUAGAUCUUGCAAGAUUCUCAACUGAAUCUUUACACAGUUAUAGUUUUGUCGCAAAUAAUGGUUUAUCAUUAGAAAAUAGACAAAAUAUUCUCUAUCGAUCCAUAGAUUUUAUGAAGAAUAAAAUAAAAGGAUGGAAAUUUCCUAUGAUCCAACAAGCCCCGUUUUCUUCUGUCAGAACUUCCCUUUCUUCUUCCUCUUCUAUCGCACCAACUGAUAUCAUUCUUCCUUGCGAAUCAAUCAAUUCAAGUUCACUUAAUUCUCCUAGGAAUUUAAAACAAACAUUGACUGGACUUCCUUCAAUCUAUACUCCUAUGACAUCAUCAACUUUACAUUCUCCAACCAGGUUUACACCUCAAAAUCAAGCUAUAAUCACGACUGAUAAUAAAACCAAUAUAUUAAGUGUUAAUGAUAUCACCUGUCUAGUAUUUGGUUACUCUAGGACUGAAAUAUUAAGUAUUAAGGCGUUGGAAUUGAUUGGUAGCCCAUUUCGUGAAAAAUUGGCUCAAACACUUGCUUCCAGGCUUCAAAAUGAAAUGGAUAAUUCUGAAGCUGUGUUAGCAUGUGGUAGAGUGAUACCAAUUCAAAGAAAAAAUGAAGAAACUUCUGCAGCUUCAUUAUGGUUAAAGGUGAAAAAAGAUGAGUGUGGAAAUUCGGUGUUCAUUUGGAUUUUUGAAGAAAUUAUUGAAUCAACGAUGACUGUCGAAAUUAAUGAAAAGGGAACAAUAUUAAAAACUUCUGGUGAAGUAAAAUCUUUGUACGGAUACGGACUUAAAAUCAUUUCAAUUCCUACAAUUGCUGGUGUUAUAACUUCCCAUGCUACUGGUGUUAUUCAAUCAUGCAAUUCUGACUUUGUUAAAUAUUUGUUUGGUGUUGGCGCACAAGAACUAAUUGGAAAAAAAAAUAUUGAUAAAUUGUUACCACAAUUUCCUCAUCUUUUAAAAUUUUUGGAAUCAGAAAGUGGGCUUGUCGAAGGAAUUGUGAUUUCCGAAAAUGCUUUUCGAAGAGCUGCUUCAUCAUCAUCAGUUGCUACUUCUCCUACAAAUCUAUUCCUUUACAAUACCCAUCAAAGAGAUUAUUCAUCUGCUGCCAAUGGUACAGAAUUUGAUGUUGAUAUACAAAUGCGUGUUUUGGAAGCUCCAGAUGAACCAUUACACGCAUUAUGGAUUACUUAUGAUCCAGCUGGUGGCAAACCAUCAUUAUCAGGAAAAUUAUCAUCAGUUGAAAGUCAUCAAAUCAUCACCCCGCCUUCAAUAUUACCUAAUUCUGGCUCAUUUGAUAAUAUAAGAUAUUCGGCAUUAACUCUGUCAAAAUCUAUUAAUGAUUUUCAAAUAAUUGGUAUUUUGGGUAGUGGAGCUUAUGGUGAAGUGAAAUUGGCAUAUAAUAAAAAUGAUCCAGAAAAGAAAAAAGUUGUUCUUAAAUAUGUUAUUAAAUCUCGUAUACUUGUUGAUUGUUGGACAUGUGACCAAUUAUUGGGUACUGUUCCAUUAGAAAUUCAUAUACUCCAUACAUUAAGAGGCAUUCCAAAUCCCAACAUUGUACAAAUGGUUGACUAUUUUGAAGACAAAGAUCACUAUUACAUUGAAAUGGGAUUACAUGGUGCCGGGAUGGAUUUAUUUGACUAUAUAGAACUUAACACUAAAAUGCCCGAAUCCGAAAUAAAAUCUAUAUUUCGUCAAAUCGCAAGAGCUAUUCAACACUUGCAUAAUCAUAAAAUUGUACAUCGUGACAUUAAAGAUGAAAAUGUGAUACUUGAUGAAAAUAACAAUAUUCAAUUGAUAGAUUUUGGAUCUAGUGCAUAUAUAAAGGAAGGUAAGAAAUACGAUACUUUCUGUGGAACUGUUGAUUAUGCUGCUCCCGAGGUAUUAAUCGGUAAAAAAUAUGACGGGCCACCACAAGAUAUUUGGGCAUUAGGAAUAUUAUUAUACACACUUAUAUAUAAAGAAAAUCCAUUCUAUAAUAUUGACGAAAUUAUUGCCGGAGAUUUAAGAAUUCCUUAUAUACUGUCCGAGGGAUCAAUUGAUCUUGUCAAAAAAAUGCUUGAACGUGAUAGAUUUUCUUCAACAUAG